ACCAGCUUACCGCACCUCACCCCGGGCAAACCCCCCUCCUCCCAGCUCCCCGCACCUCACCCCGGGCACUCCCGAUCACUGUCGAGGGAAUUAGCCCUCAUUACAGCACACAGUGACAGGGAGGGCACUAGGUGAAUCUGCCAAUCUCCAAUAUGGCGCCGCUAUGAUCUUGGCUCCUCCUUUCGGCCGUGCAGCACAGCUGCUGGGUGGGCGGGGUCUCUGAUAUCCCCGGUUACCCGCCCGGCGCGGGUGGAGUGAUGCGGGCGGAGUUCGUUGUUCAGCGGAUAUCUCCCGGCAGUGACUAGUGAUGGGGAACACGGAGAGUGGAGAUUACCAGAAGCGGCUGUCUCCAGCGGAACAGACUGAGGUAGGGAGGAGGUUUGAGGACCUAUGUCAGACGAAGGACGCCAGUAAGAAAACUGUGGUACUGGCUGCGUUCCAGGAUGCGAUUGGGAAUGCAUUACCAGCAGCCAUGUGCCAGCGGAUUUUCCGUGGCAUGCAAAGUGUGAAUGUUACCGGCAAGACCUCUGUUUCUUGUCCAGAGAUCAGCAAAGAGCAGUUCACGUUGUUUCUAAUCGACAUUCUGAGGGGAACGGCAGAGGAAAAGAGCGGUAUCAUCAUUCGGAUGGUCUGUGCUGACAACAGCGAGCAAGUAACAGGAAGUCAGGCCCAGCAGUUCUUGGAAGAUUUGGUCCUUGCGGUGGUUUACGUUCUGCGCCAUCAAAAUGCACUGAGUGGGUGGAGUCUGGAGAACACCCGUGACUGCGGCUCUGGAGCCCGCGCUUUGGCCUUGCAGCUAUUGUCGCAGAUAAAACCUCCUGGUGGGCAAACCCUUGAAGGACCAGAGCUGAUAACGUCCUCCUAUACAAGGGUAUCUGUAGAAGACUGGCUGUAUAAAGUCCCGAUGAUUUCCAUGUUCCUUAGAGUUGUGGUUACAUUGGGGGUAUCCGUCAUGAAGAAGAAUCCAGAGCACCACAAAGACAUGAGCAGUUUAAUACCCAUGUGCCGGAGAGGGAAACACACGUCCUUUGCCAGCCUCCUGGACUUUCCUUCCAUCAUGUUCCUGAACACUCUCCUUCCAUCAGAGAUGCAGCACAAGUGGCGACUCCUGUUUUCCACCAGCAUCCAUGGAGAGAGCUUUUCCCAGCUGUGUGGCCACCUGGUGGACCAGGGCCCCAGUUUGCUAGUCCUGAGGGACCGCGAUGGGUUCAUCUUUGGUGGCUUCGCAUCACAGAAUUGGGAGGUCAAACCACAAUAUCAAGGAGACAGCAGAUGCUUCCUUUUCACCGUUUCCCCGCAACUGGACGUGUACACGUAUUCUGGGUAUAAUGACCACUAUAUGUACCUCAAUCACGGGCAGCAGACGAUGCCAAAUGGGCUGGGCAUGGGAGGACAACAUGACUAUUUUGGACUUUGGAUUGACAGUAACUUUGGAAAAGGUCACAGCAAAGCCAAACCCAGGUGCACCACAUAUAACAGUCCCCAGCUGUCUGCAAAAGAGGAGUUCCAAAUAGACGGCAUGGAGUUAUGGGCCCUCGGGGACCUGCCUGAGCAUGUACUGGCCAAAACCAAAAAAAGCAUCCUGGAUGUGGACCCCGAGGCCCGGGCUCUGCUGGAAAUGACAGGACGGACCCGCCAGAGCGACGGAUUGAGAGAGAAAGAUGAAGACUAGGGUUCAGAUGCCGGGAAGGAUAUGACCUGUUCAUGUAACGGACUCUUUACAACAAGGUGACAUUAAAGAAACAGGAGGAGGAGCGACCUGCUAUACUCAUCCCUCACUUGUUAUGCCGGCUGCUCCGCCUCAGGACAGGAACGUUCUCAUGUUCUGUGUUCCUAUUGUAUAUAUCCGGGGCCGAGCGGUUACAGCUCCAUGUAGAGUAAAUCCACUGGCAGAAGGCGGCAUGUCUUCCCUCCCUGUUGUACAUUUUCCUGUA